AGGGCGGGCGCCAGCAGGGGAGGGCGCUCGGCGUGAGGCCAGCGGCGGCUCCGCUCCCUCCUCCUCCUCCUCCUCCUCCCCGGCCGGGCCCGCAGGGGACAGCGACCCUCGCCAGGCGGCUCCGAGCCGGCCGCAGCCCCCCCCCUGAGGAUAAGCAACCUCUGAAGACUGAAGGACCUGCUGAAGGGAACACCUGCUUUUGAGGUCGCAGAGGUGCUAAAACAUGGCUGACUUGGAUCACAAUCUCAGUCUCGCGGACGCUCUGACCGAGCCACCGCCUGAGAUAGAGGAAGAAGUGAAAAGGGACUUCAUUGCCACUCUGGAAGCAGAGAAGUUUGAUGAUGUGGUCGGAGAAACAGUAAACAAAACAGACUAUGUUCCUCUGCUGGAUGAUGACGAUGCAAAAGCUGGAGGCAAAGCCCAUGCAGACAGCAAUCAGGUGGAACAUACUUCGGCUUCUGGGCCAACGGUUCUAGAAAAUGGUGACCAUGGAAUAGAAGAUCACCGCCCAGUGUUCCCAGGAGAAAUCAUGGAUGAAAAGCUAUCCUACAAAGAAUUUCUCGAUCGCAAUGACACCUGGGCGAUGGAUGAGAGGGACCUGUGCUUCGAAUCGCAGCCCGUGUUCAAACCCAUGGAGAUGGCAGACCCCUUCAGCAUGCACCGAGGGGAGAACCUGCCUGAUUUGGCCUUUCCUGCUGACAUGAAGAACGUGCAGCUCUUCACGGACCAUGUUGACACUUCCACAGACAUCCAUGCACCACAUGGAUCCAUGAUGGUACCUGAACAACCUUUCCUGGGAUCCCCCUAUUGUCCUGCAGAGGUUCUUGACCCGUCAGCCUUUGUGGGCCUGGAUUCAGCUGCAGAAUUUCUGCAAGACAACGCAGUGCCUGAAGAACAUUGGAUGGGAGCUCAGCAUGAUGUGAAGGGACCAGAUGCCUCUUUCUUUGUUGAGCCAUCAGUGCCCCCCACAGUGACUGAAGCAAAAAAGCCAAAUUUGCCAGAAAGCCCGGCAGCAGUGACUCCUGAUUUUGUUCCUACUGCAAUAACAGCAUCCCCAGAAGGGGCUGAAGCUACUGAUGCAUCAAAAGGUGACACAUCAGCAGAUGCACAGUGUGUUCCUGCCUCAGAUGUCACGUCCAUUUCUGCCGAGAAAGCUGGGUCCAUCCUUGCAGGAGACACCAAGCCUCCGCAGGCUGCGGAUGCUGGAUUUGCACCUGCAGCAGAAGCAGAGCCUCCUCAGGCUCUGGAUGUGGGCUUUGCUCCUGCCCCAGAAGCCAAACCUCCUAAUGGUAUCGAUGCCAUGUUCGCCCCAGUGGUGGAUACUGGCUUGAACCCAGAAGCAGAUUCUAAGUCCCAUCACGCCAUGGAUUUGGAGUUUGCUCCGGCAGCAGACGCAGGGUUUGCCCCAGCAGCAGACACGAAGUCUCACCAUGCUAUGGAUUUGGCAUUUAGCCCAGUAGCAGACACUGAGUCUCAGCAUGCCCUGGAUUUGGAGUUUGCCCCUCCAGCAGAAGCUAACCACCUCCACGCCGUGGAUUCUGGGUUUGCUCCUGUCGCAGAAGCCAAGCCUUUCCCUGCUGUGGAUUCAGGUUUUGUCUCUGCAUCAGAAGCUAAGGCUGUCCCUGCAGCUGACACCAAGCUUGCUGCAUCUGAAGAGCUGAUAACAUCCGAAUCUCCUGCUGAGCAUGGCAAGUCACCCUUCCAUGAGCCUCCUGCAGAAGCACCUGCAAGCGUGCAACAAGAACUGAAAGGCCCAGAGGCUUGUGUUGAUCUUCCGUUAGAGAAAGCCAAAGACAGUAUUCCAUCUCCCAGCCACCAUGAAGAUCGUCUUCCAGAACAGACAAACCAUCUGCCUGAACCAGCAGUUCCAGUAGAAGCAAAAGAAGUUGUUGCACUAGAAAACAAAGACCUCCUUCCAGAAAAACCUGUUACUGUGGAUGUUACUGUUACAGAGAAACCAAAGGAGCAGGCUGAGCACAACCAUAUCGAGCAUGCACAACCCCAGCAAGAAAAAGCUCUACAAGAACCUACAGGUCUACCUACUGCACAAAUAAGGCAAGCUAACAAAUCAAGUGACCGCAGGUUUGGCAGAGCAAAACCUGCAGCAGUGCCUGUUGCAGAUGUGCCAGAGGAACGGCUCGUAGGUCUGCCACAGCAGAAGAGCACUGACCCCAGAGUAGACCCCUGUUCGGUAGCGGAACCCGGAUCUGUUGCUGGAGCAUCCCCUCGCACUAGGGUUUCACAUAAAAAGGCAACCGAGCAGCCGUCCGGUGUGCUGCCAGAGCUUGUGGAGAGCUGCAGAGAUGCACCCAGGGAGAGCUGGGAUUUGGAAGGUUCUCUGGCUGUUGUGAAGAAAAAGAAAAAGAAACCAAAACAAAAGAGAAACCAGCCGCCAAGAGCAACGGAGUUCUGGGAUGAAAAUUCAGCAGUCUCCAGAGCUCCGAAAAAUUCUCCAGUUGGUGGUGAGUUGCAAAAACCAGAUGUUGGCCCCGGAAUGCCCAUCAGAGCUUCAGAUGUGCCAAAGGAUGCUAAAAUAAUAACUGGAAGUCCCAACCUGGUUGAUGAAAAUGCCUUCUCAGUGCCAGCACCAGGACAGCAGGUCCAGAAAACCAGUGUGCCAUCUGAGUCACCAAAAAAUAGAGACUUCAUCCCAAAAGAAGGCGUGAGAGAUGACAGCUGGACGUCGAGCUCCAAAGGGAAGAGAAAACAGGUUCCCCUGAAGCAGGGAGGCGAGACCAAGCCGGGGGAACCUGUUACAGCAGAGGUGCCAACCAAGCCCAUGGAAAGAAAUGUUCCUGGUAAAAAUGAAAAGAGGGAGUCUGACGAGGCAGGAUGUGCUGGCCUGCAGGCGUCUCUUUCAGAAGCGAUCAGUGUAAGCAAAGCAGAAACUCCUUUAGAGGUCAAGCCUUCAGAAACUCUCCUUUCUGACAAGGAUAAGGAAGCUCAGCACGUAUCUCCUCAGCAUAAAACACCCAGGGACGCUGUCCCUCGUGAGCUUCAGCCUUCCAGUGGGUCACUGGAAGAAGCAGCGAAGAAAGGAGGUAGUUGUGAAAAAGGCAAAGGGGUUGAAAACGAAUCCUUCAAAGAGCCUCCUGCAGGGGCUGUGGCCUCAUCAAACCAACAUCCUGACAAGCCAGCUGAAGAAACCAAGCCAGUGUCCUCCGAUAAGUGCAUGGCAGUCGACUUAAGCGCUUCAGAGGGAUUAUCAAAGACCCCAGCAGAUACUACUAAAAUGCCUGUUACACCGUUAGCUGUACAAAAACCCGAGGCAGUUAUUAAGCCUGCUGCAGCCAAACAUCCUGCUACUGCUGAAGCAGCAGACGGAGCUAGAGUGGCAGAUUCCCCUGAUAAAAACAAAGGGGACGGGUUUAUUGCGUUAGAGCAGCAGACUGGAAAAGAUCUCAGUAUUGCUCAUGGGAUGGACAGACCGAAAAAAAAGCGUGGUGAAGGGAAAGUCAAAAAAAUCAAAAGUUCCUCUGAGCAGGUAGCUGUUUCGGAGGAUGUAGGCAAACCUGCUGAUGGGGUGAAGGCAGAUGAGACCAUGAAAGAAGCAACUUUCUCUGAUAGCUGCAGGGAGGCUGAUUUUCCUACAAGAGGACACCCAUCAGCAAAUGCACAUACCUACCCUGCAAAACCAGCAGAGAAGCCCAAAAAAAGAGGUAGCGAUGGGAAAAGUAAAAAAGGUGAAAGAGUUUUUUUCCAGCAGCCUUUUCUUGAGAGUAAGAUGGAGCUUGGUGGUCUUCCUGCCCCAGCUGAUAAAACUGAGGAAGUAGGUGAUAAAGGUGGAGAGAGAGGCUGUAGUGCUGGGUCUUUUCAGGAGAAUUUAUUGGAUUUCAAUAAAAUACAGAGGCCCGUUGAACUAACAACAGAGGGACCUAAAGAAAGUGUUGGGAAAAGUGAAGUGGCUGCUAUGGUUGCUUUAGACCAACCGUUCUUUCUGGAGGGUAGGAGAGAGGAGACAAAGCAUCUUGCUGAGGCUGACAUGAUCAGCCCAACAAAGGAGGUAAACGUGAUGGCUAAAGGCAAAGAGGCUGGAAUUGCUUCUCCAGGUGAAUUUGUUGUGCCAGAUUCUGAUGCAGUGUUGGUGGCAGACAAACCUAGGAAGAGGAGUAGUGAUGGGAAAAGGAAAAAAAGCGAAAAAAGUUCUUCUGGGCAGUCAGCUGGCCUGGACACCAGGGUGGAAGCAACCGAUGUUCCAAGCAAAGAGAAGGUGGCUGGAAAAACAAAGGAAAUGACCUUUGAUAAAGAUAAGGCAUCUGAUUUGGAAAGAGAGGUUUUGCUGGAGAACCUGACAGGAAUAGCCAAAGAGGUGUUGGAAAAGCCUGAAAUAGAGGGUGGUGAUAGGAAAAGUUCCUCUAACCAGCCAGUUCUUGCAGGUCAUAAAACAGAGACAGCAGAGCCAGAGACAGCCAGCACUAAAGAGACUUGGCCCGGUACUGAAGGUAAGGAAAUAGAUAUUAAAACAGCCGAGCCUCUGCCAGAGCACAGGGCAGAUGCAGCUGCAGCAUGCGGUCCCGUCAGGGACCUGGUGACAGACAAGCCUAAGAAAAAAGGUAGAGAUACGAAAGGCAAAAAGGCUGAAAAUAGUCCUGAGCAGUCUGAGCAGUCUGCCGCAGCGGGUCCAGGUAACAUCCCCGCAGUAGUCAAAGAGGUGGGGAAUGCUAAACAAGCUCAGUCUCCUGCUAAAGACAAAGAGAAUAAUUUCAGUGCUUUAGUGAGCCCGCUAGAUGACCCCUCUGAUACAAGCAAAGCACAAGCUCCUGCUGCACCUCAGGAGCCAGAAAAAUUGAGCACAAAUAACAAAGAGAUAUGCAAAAAAGUGGAGGCUAGCUUGGAGCAGCCGUUGCUUCUGGAGCCCAAAGCAGGUGCAGAGAUGUUUCCUCUUCAUGACAAGGAGACAUCUGCCAAAUCUGAAGCAGAAAGUCCCGCUCCUUGUAGCACUGGGGUCGGACUUCCUAUUCUAGAGCACCCAGCAGCAGCAGAUCACAGGUCAGCCACAGCUACUGAUAGAUCUAAAAAGAGAGGUAGUGAUGGAAGAAGUAAAAAGUCUAAAAAUGCCCCUGAGCAGCUUGCUUUUCUAGAGAGGAAAAUGAACAAGAGCGAAGCGCUGCCUCCCAUGGGACCCGAGAUGGAAUAUGGAAUGGAAGAAAUGGAUUUUGUAGAUGAAAACAGAAAUAUUAAAGGUUUUCCCAUCAGCCCUCAAAUGCUUUGGGAUAAUAAAGGAAACUACUCUGAAUCCUUUGCUCAGGCUGCAGUAAGGGGCCCUGAUGACACUGGCAAUGUUUCAGAGAGGGGUACAGGAGCUGAGGAGCUUCCUUCUCCUGAGGUGACAGCAGAGAAGAGCAGCAAAGAGCCUGGACCUAGUGCUCAGGAGGGGGUCCAGAACCUGAAAGCUCCUGAGCAACCAGACAAUUUGAGACAUGAAGAGCCUGGAAAAGAGGUUUCAAAGAAAGAGAAUGAUAAAGCUGAAGGGACUGCUUCCCAGGGUGGUGUUGAGGCAGGUAAAGCACUUCCUCUGGAUCCUUCAGUUAAAGAGGACAUUAAAUCUAAAGAGGAUGAAGUUUGCCUUUCUCCUGUGGCAAAGGUUGAUGAUAAAGAAGUAAAAACCACUGAUACAAAGCAAAUCACUGACAGCACUUCCUCUGACCUUCCUCAGAAGGUGGCAGAUGCAAAACACACACCAGCUCCCCUAGGUGCCAAAGGGACAGAGAAACUAGAAGAAACCGUCUCUCUUGGAGAGAAGGACACGGCGAUACCAGAGAGCAAGGCAGAUGCAGCCACAUCGCAGGUGGUGGAAGCACUGGUGGAGAAGAAAGCCGAAGAGGUUGGGUUGGAUGGAGGCAGGAACAGUGAGCAGGGCUCAGUGACGUGCCUGGGCAGCUUAGACAAGAAAGCAGCUGAAGCAGAGGCAGCUGGUGUAAAUCUAGCAGCUGCCCAAACAACCCAAGUCAGUCCUGAAGGUAACAGCGAAGCUCAUCCUCACCCAGCAGAAGAGGAUGCUGCUCACCUGCAGGAUGGCCCAGUAUCAAAGGCUGGGGAAGAUAAAGACGCAAUUAAAGCAAAUGAAGAGGAGUCUGAACAAAAAGCUGGAAAGGAGGCAAAGAAAGAGAGAGUUAAAGCAACAGGACAGCUAAAAAGCUACAUGAGACCCACAAAGUCAAGAGGGGUGCCGACUCUGCCAGCCAGGUCUGCUGCUCAAGACCAGGAGAGACAAAAGCAGCUGAGAGCCACUGGUAUGAGCCGGCAGAGGCAAGAAAAAGCAAAACCCGAAGAGCCCAAAGCAGCUGAAGCCGUGACAGGGAACGAUAUCACAGCGCCUCCAAACAAAGAGCUUCCUCCCAGCCCUGAGAAGAAGACAAAGCCUGCAGCAGCCACACCAUCAGCAAAGCCUGCGGCAACGAAAGCCAGGCCUCUGCCCGCCACCAGCCCCAAGCGGCCAGCCUCUGCCGCACCCGCCCAAAACAAAAAGCCCACGAGCCCUACUGCAGGUCCUACUUCAGCCACUGCUCCUAAACGCCCAGCCACCAGUACUACACGGCCCUCCACCUUAACUACAAAAGAGCCUAAACCAAAGGUUACAGAAGCAAAGAGCCCAGAGAAGCGGACCUCACUUUCAAAGCCUCCAUCGUCUGUCACUCCUAGAACUGCUGCCAAGAGCACCUCUGCUGCUCCUAAGACAACAGCAGCAUCUGCAGUCACUGCAGCUGCUGGGACAAAAAGUACCACUGCUUCUCCACCGAAGAGGCCGACCUCUAUCAAGACUGAUGCGAAACCUGCAGAUGCCAAGAAGCCCGCUGCAAAGUCACCAUCAGCAGACCUGGCCCGCCCUAAGAGCGCUUCUGGAAAUGCAGUAAAAAGCAGUGCCACCACUCCUACCACCACCUCAAGCGCACCUAGUUUACCUGGAGCAGCCGCCAGCCGUCCCAAACCCAAGCCUGCUGCAACCAAACCCACUACAACCUCAACUGCAACUGCGGAUGCUAAAAAAACAACUGCUAAGGCUCCAACUAAACCCAGCACUGUUUCCAAGCCUCCUCGCCCAACCAGCAGCGUUUCUGCUCCAGAUCUGAAAAAUGUACGUUCCAAAAUCGGAUCAACAGAUAAUAUUAAACAUCAGCCUGGUGGAGGAAAGGGGAAAGUAGAGAAAAAGCCCGAAUCAGCUGCUGCUGCACGAAAGCCUGAACCCAAUGCGGUCUCUAAAAUGGCUACAGCUAAAACAACCGUAACAAAAGAGGGUGCCCCAAAACAGCCCAAUGGGAAAGUCCAGAUAGUCUCCAAAAAAGCGAACUACAGCCAUGUUCAGUCCAAGUGUGGUUCCAAGGACAAUAUUAAGCAUGUCCCUGGAGGUGGGAAUGUGCAGAUCCAGAACAAGAAAGUUGACCUUUCCAAAGUGUCCUCCAAGUGUGGCUCGAAAGCAAACAUCAAGCAUAAGCCAGGGGGAGGAGACGUCAAAAUUGAGAACCAGAAGCUGAACUUCAAGGAGAAGGCCCAGGCCAAAGUGGGUUCUCUGGACAACGUGGGACACUUGCCAGCAGGAGGAACAGUGAAGAUUGAAUCUCACAAGCUGACGUUCCGUGAGAAGGCCAAGGCUCGAACAGACCACGGAGCGGAAAUCGUCGUCUCCAAACCCCAAAACCUUUCCAGCAGCACCUCCCCCUGGCGUAGCACAUCCGUCAGCGAGAGCCUGGGCUCGGUCGCCUCCUUGUCACCGCUGCAACAGCCAGCUCCCCUUGCAGCGCUUUCUCAGCAAGGCUUGUGACCCCCUCCCCGCCCCGUCUCCCUCGCUCUCCCCCCCCCAAGUAACGCAGCUUGGCUCUCUUAACCCGGCGUCUGGCUUCAGGUGGGAAGGGGACAGCGUUUAGCAGGGCUCGCGUCCCUUUCGGCGGCGCUGCCUCUCGGCUCGGUGCCGUCUGGGCGGCCGUGGGCACGGGGGCGUCCUGGCCGCGCACCCCCUUGCCCGAGCGUGGCAGCCUUUGGGGGCCCUUUUGGGGCUGGGAAGGGCUUCGCUCCCUCUCCUCGCCUCAUCCCUUUGGCUUUUAGGAGGACCCUAGAGGGAGUGGUGGCCGCUGUUUCGGGGUCGGCACCCAGCGACUUCCAGCCCACGGCCGCUGUCCGGGGCUGGCGAGCGGGAGGUUCGGGGAGAAGCGCGCCCACGCUGCUGGUGGCUGAAGCCAGGCCAGAGUUAACAGGGAUAAGCUGUGAUCUUUCUUUCUUUUUAAGAAAAAAAAAACAAAAAACUUUUCCUCCUUGCUGCUUCAGUUUCUGCUGACCCUGUUUGAUGAUGAUAUAUAUUAUACACACACGUUAGGCUGUUUUAACUGUUGACUUUAGCCUUUUAUUCUUUGUGACAAUGUGUUGAUGAUUUAUCGUGCUACCAACCCAUGCUAAGUUUCCUUUUCUCUUUUCCUUCUUUUCCUAACCGUAGGAGAGUAGAGACAUUAACCGCUGCUGCAGUGCUGGCUUCUUAUUGACAUAUCCAGCAAUUGUAACUUUUUGUUGUUGUUUUUUUUAAUAUUUUAAAAACGAUGGAGCAAAAUUCAUGGGAUUAAGCCAUGUCUGAAAUGAAAGGCACAAGAAUGUGUUAAAGGAAAACUCCUUGCUGUAACAGAUCAGAUGAAGCCUGUGUUGACUGCAACGAGUUGAAUCGAUGCUCGUAAAAAAAAAAAAAAAAACCUCCUGUAGGGCCAAACCACCAGCCCUAGAGGAUGCCGUAGCACCUUCUGUGGCUUAGCAAGGCGAAGACGGUUUGUUUAUUUAUUAACUCGCACAGCCAAAGCCCUGGCUGUUUUUCCAGCCGGGGCCCGAGGUCUGGAGGAAGGGCAGGAGGCUGCUUUGGCGGUGGAGUUGCAGGUUUAACGCAGGCCGGGAGUUCGGAGGCAAGCAGGUUGUGUGGUGCGUGUAGCGUUUUAACCGGGGCCGACGGGUGGGGAACCACGCCGUCAGGCUGAACGGCGCUGGCGGGGGCCGCGGGGAGGACGGGGCGGCCACCCUGCGCCCGGGGCACGAGGAGGGGGUCGCGGGACGUCUGCGGAGGGCUGGAGAUGGGGGGGGGGCAGCGCCCCGCUGGGGCCGGCAGGUUUGUAGUGCCAGGGAGCUGCAGCUCUGACUCGGGAGGGGAUUGCUUAGACGUGACUCUUUGAGGCUCUUGAGCUCCUCGUUUGAUGUUGCAAAUGACACUAAAAAAAAAAAAAAAAAAAAAAAGGAGAAAUGUAAAUAAAAAAAGAAAAAAAAAGAAAGAAGUGUUCUUGGGUCGUCAAACUAAUUUAAAGCAAAAAAAAAAAAAAAAAAAAAAAAAGGGCGGAGUAACAAAACACUGGGAUCAAAGUCAACUGAACCAGGCGUGUGCUAAGGGGGAGCUGAUCAAAGGAGGGGACAGAGGGAAGCCUGCAGCUUCUCAUGCUUGUGGGAAUAUUUCUUUGGGAAAGCCGACAAUGACACGAUAACCCGGAAUCUGUAUUUACACACAAAGAUUCUUAUUGCACUUGUAUUUUUUAUAUUAAAGUUUGCAUGAUUUCUAAUAAAAUGGCAUUAAAAUGUACUAGUUUGCAUCAAA